AUGAGAGGGGAGAAACCACCGAGUGUACCACCGCCAUCGGAGCCGGAACCGGAACCAGAGGAUAUCGAGGCGAAGUACAUCGAUCAUUGUUUCACGCAAAUCCGCAAAGUACGGUUGGUGCAACAGGUGAUCGUUAUGAACGUGGACGGACUUCCGAUUCGAUCGACACUGGAGAACACCGAGGAUACGGUAACGGCAGCUGGACUGUAUGCUAGUCUGAAGGAUAAAGCCGCUUACUUCUUGCGUACGAUCGAUCCGGAGGAUGAGUUUCUGAUGCUGCGCGUAAGGACACGCAAGAAUGAGGCGAUCAUUAGCACGGAUCCGGAGCAUGGGUUGCUGUACAUAACGGUGCAGGCACCUGAGUGA